AUGACGAUAUACUCUGUUGCGAUUAUUUCUCGUGGGGGAGUUGUUCUUACCUCAAUACAGAAUAGUCCGUUAAGGCAUUUUGAAUCGACUGUUUCACAGUUUUCGCACCUCGACAAAGAUCCGAAGGUGACGUAUAUUUUAUCGGAAAAAGUGAAGUACGUCUAUCGCGCGGUCGAGGACGUCUAUAUCAUCCUCAUCACUUCUCUCAACUCAAACAUCAUCAGCGAUUUGUCUGUGCUUCAGUCAAUCAUAGCCGUUCUCUCCCAACGUCUCGACGGCAUUUCCGAGUCUAAGAUAUGUUCUUCUGUCUUUGAAACGACAAGUAUCAUCACGGAGUUUUGCAACUUCGAUGGAACGUGCGAGACUUUGACGCCUUCAGACAUUGAAUUGAAUUUGGCAAUGCAGAGUGUGGAUGAGGAGAAUUACCUCCAAGAGCUCAAGCAGAAAAAAGAGGAAGCAAAGAAACUUGCCGAUCAGCGUGCGGCAGAGCUUCAAGCCGAGAAAAAGCUCAAAGAAAAAAUGGAGAAAGAGAAGGAAAAAGAACAGAAAGUUGCUGAAGAGAAACUCCUUGAGAUACAACGUCUUCAAGAGGAACAAAAUGCAAAGAUCAUUGAAGAGGAGGAGGCCCAGAAACGAGCUGAAAAACACCGAAGGAGUGAAGUCAAGACUCGACGAGGUGGGAUAACUCUUGGGAAAGCAAAAACUGUUGCAGUUGAAGAAGACGAGGAUGCCUUUGACGCUAAUUUCUGA